AUGGAUUCACGCCCGGGCAACGCGCCGGAGCCUCUCGCUCCUGGCCGAGCCCCCGGCUCGCUUUCCUUUUCCGAGGGCGACACCGCCUCUGCCUCUGCAUCCGCAUCCGCCCAACCAGGUUGCGAAGAUCAAAUCAUCGAAUUCUUCCUCCCCGCAGAGCAAUACCGACAACUUACGGAGGAGUUAGAGCGGUGCGACAGGUUUGCGGGAUCGCGCGUCAGAGCUGACUAUUCCUACACUGCCGAGACGCUAGCUCUCAGAAUGCCUGGUCCAAGACACGAACGUGUCGUUCGAUAUUUCAAUUAUCGUCUAGAUUAUUUUAUCGAUGGACUCGAUAUGAUUGAAGAUACCGUAUCGCUCCAAGAUUCCGGCUCCGGAAAAUGCGAAUAUCUAUCAAAAGAUGGUAAGGGUCUUAUCGAGCGUCACCCUAAUAUCUCAAUCAUAAACACGAAGAACCCCGCAUGGCCAGUCCUAGUUUGUGAAGUCGCAGACUCGCAGAAAACAAAAGAUCUACACGGCCUUGCACGAGAGUAUAUCGAGCAGACUAAGGGCAAUAUUCGAACUGUGGUUACUAUCGACUUCGACUAUCCAACUGGUAAGAGAGUAUAUCUUAUUGUUUGGAGAGCAAGCUUUGGUGAAGACGGGAGGUUUAAAGAGGUAGCUUGUGGUGACGUCGUGGAAAUCCGAAACAGGGACGGUAACAAGAACCCCGAUCCCGACGCGGGAGUCUCCCUGUCACUCAGCGACUUCGGCCUUACGCGAGGAGUGGACACAAGCGCGGAUAAUCAAGUCUUCACCGUCUCCGUCGACGAUCUAUACACGAAAUUGCAAAUUAUUGAGAGGCAGAUCAAACAAACGAAGGCCGCGAGGAAUGAUACCAUAGCACGCUGGAAGGCAGGUGCGGAGGUGUGA